GAAUUUCUAGCAAAUUUGCUAAUUCAUAUCAUUGUUGUACAUUUGUGUUGUACAUAAUAUCUUUUUCUACUUUUAAGAUAGGAUUAAAAUAGGAUUCUCUUAAGAUUAGAUAAGGUAAUGUGUUAUAUAGGACAAAUGAUCUUAUCUAAUAUCAAAUCUAGGCAAAAGAGCAUACGUAAGCAUACGUAAAUACAAGUUAAAUCGCAAUUAAACUUCCUAAAAAUACAUAUACAUAAUAUUUAAUAAAUCGUACCAAAAUGAAUACAGAAGAAAUUAUUGAUUUCACGGAUAUAGAACCAGAUAUUCAAUCUCUAAUAAAGAAGAGUAUAGCUGCUCGUGAGUACUCUUAUUCACCCUAUAGUAAGUUUAAAGUCGGAGCUGGAGUGCUUUGUACCGAUGGGAUCAUUUUCACAGGGUGCAAUGUAGAAAAUGCAUCUUAUCCUGUAGGAACAUGUGCUGAAAGAACAGCUAUUGUUAAAGCAGUGUCAGAAGGGAAAAGAAAGUUUAAAGUCCUAGCAGUUGUAGCUAAUAAAGUGAACAAUAAUUUUACCACACCAUGUGGCUUUUGUAGACAAGCUAUCGCAGAGUUUGGUGAUAUACCAAUUUAUUUAGCAGAACCUCUAAUGAAGGAUGUGUUAAAAACUUCGCUAAGUAACCUAUUACCUUGUGCCUUUGGGUUGGGAAACGCAGAAACAUUACAAUAAAUUCUUAAUAAAAGAAGGCUAAACCACGCACCAAUGUCUAAAACAUCAUUUAGUAUUUCUUUAAAAUCAUAGUUCAUUUUUAUAUCAAUUGAUAUACUAGGAUAUUGUUCUGUCCUAUAAUAAAAAUGUGCAAACAUUGUUGUGUACAUUGUAUAAACUUAUCAAUAAUAAAGUUAGUAUAUGAACAGUA